CAUCGGGAGAAACUUUUGGCAUGGUCUGUGACUUUUGACUGGGAGCCAGGGAGGAGGGUCAAAUAUGGAAUUCUCGGUUUCGCCUCAAGGAGCUCCGAUAUACAACUAUCAAGUCCAAAUCCUUGGCUGCGACUGUCCAUGUCAGCAAAGCCGGGUGAGGGAAACAUGCAUGAACGAGGAUGUAGUAUCCAGUCGUCGGACGCGAAUUAUAACGGAUUUUGGCAGGUUGCUCAGGAUCAAAUCGUGAGCAGAUAUAUAAUAACUACAAGACAUAGAUAUCGCAGUAUUAUAGUAAAACCGUGGGAACUUAAUUAUGUCGGCUGUCUUCCGCACCACCAUCACCACCGAAUGCCGAUAUGCACGACGUGCACGCGAUGGUCGUCUCACUUGUACACCGUGUACGAGUCAGCAUCCAACCUCCGACUUGAACGAUGUUCGAAUUGCCAUGCAUUUGUGGAUCCGUACAUUGAAUACGACGACUUGAUAUUGCUCAUUGACCUCAUUCUCCUCAAGAGUGGCGUGUAUCGACACCUGCUGUUCAACCGAGGGGCGAAGCCUAGACUGGCGACGGAAGCAUCGCCUAAGGACGACGAUGGCAAAAGAAAGAGGGGAGAAAACUCACGCUGGUUGCUCGUCCUACAUCUUGGAAGUAUCCUUAUCUUUGUAGAUGCUUUCAAUCGAUGGUGCCAUUUGAAUCCUAGUCAGUCCGUAGACCUCUCCCCAUGGUCUGGGUUUACCAUCUUCAACUUUUCCCGUAUAUUCAUUGGUUGUUUUGCCGAAACGGUGGCGUUUCACUGCGGCGUAGCAGCUGCUUAUUCUGUAGUGCUCAAAAUGACAACCUUGAUAGAGAAAUUGCGACAGCGUCACAGCUCUUUGCCGGAAUCCGAUAUCAGACGCGAAUUUAGCUACUCACUGAUACCCUUGACACUGUUCUACUCCUCCUUGACAAAACUCUUCCUUUCAUUUCUUCUGACUAUCUGGCGUCCGUCUCGAUCAGAACCGCUUAGCCCAACGGCAUGGAAUGCACCCAAGCUGUCCAACUUUCUAAAUAUGCUCGAUGAUAGCCAACUCGAUAUUGGAUGGAUUGUCCGGAAUAUUCUAGGUGGAAUCUCAGCCGGAUUUGGGCUACGAGUGAUACUUGACUGCCAUCCCGUGUUUAUUAUGCUAGUCAUUUUUUGCGGAUCGGUAGCGAAGACCGCGAUGGCGGUCUUGGUUAGUCAAUGGGUCGGAGAAGCGUGGUUGGGGUAUAGUCUUCUAUGAAGCGCAGGGGCAGUUUUCUUUUGGUCGUUCCUAGGAGCUACCUUAGAUACAAGUUAAUAGAAAAGUUUAAAUACGACAGUUUUUCUUCAGCCAGUGGCUGUGCCAUAUCUCUUUCGACAGCCAUUACU